AUGCGGACUGGCGAAUGUACCAUCACACUGCAGGAUGUCGAGGUGUUAUAUGGCAUUCCCGUGGAUGGCCAACCAUUGGUGCAGAGUAAUGUUAAAAAUAUAACUAAAUCAGCGUGGCGGGAAUUGAUGUACGACCUUACUGGUUGGUUGCCCGGAGAAGAAGCAAUUAUAGGUAAUAGCUUGUUGGUAAUAACACAAUUAUCUAAUCAUUUGGAAACCUUGAUUGCCGGGAAUGAUAUUAUUGAUGAACACACUGAUGAGGCUGAGGUACAAAAGAGGGUCAGGUUGUACCUGCUUUGGUUGAUUGGUGGCUGUAUAUUCCCUGAUAAUUCUGGUUCAAGGCUUAGUUUACACUUUUUGCUUGACAUAGCAGACCUUGAUACAAUAGGCGGUAAAGCUUGGGAGCGUGCAUUAUCAUACUUGUACGAUUGUCUAUGCCGUGCUUCGAUGUCUAAUAGCCGUGAUGUUUGUGGAUUUAUUGCUUUGUUACUGAGUACGUGA